GCAUGCAAGAAAGUGAAGAUUCUCACACUUAUUUUCUCUGUUUCUGUUUCUUGUCUUUCUAGUGGGCUGUUCAUUGCAAUGAUUGUAAGUCUGCUCUUCCUUGUGUUACUGAGGUUCACGGCUGGGGUUCUUUUCUGGAUUUUCAUCUUUGGUGUGAUUGGAAUUAUAGGUUAUGGCAUCUGGCAUUGUUACUGGGAGUAUGAUCAUCUUAAAGGAAUACCUGGAUCUGACCUCACUGUUUACGAUAUAGGAUUCCAGACAGACUUCAGAGUGUACCUGCAACUGAGGCAAACAUGGUUAGCAUUUAUGAUAAUGCUUUGUGUUGUUGAGGUCGUAAUCAUACUGAUGCUGAUCUUCCUAAGGAAUCGGAUCCGGAUUGCUAUUGCACUGUUAAAGGAAGGUAGUAGGGCUAUUGGCUAUAUAAUGUCUACAUUGUUCUACCCAAUCGUCACCUUCGUACUCAUUGCAAUUUGUAUUUCCUACUGGGCUGUGACAGCUGUUUUUCUGGCUACAUCAGGAGAACCUGUGUAUAAAGUAAUGGCUAAUCAAAUUCUGUGCAAGUAUGCAAACCUGACUUGUGACCCAGAGACUUUUAACACAACCAAUGUGACUAAAUUGUGUCCCGGUGCUCAGUGUACUUUUGCUUUUUAUGGAGGAGAAAGCCUGUAUCAUAAGUACAUCUUCAUCUUCCAGUUAGCCAAUGCCUUUGUCUUUCUCUGGCUGGUGAACUUUGCAAUUGCACUGGGUCAGUGUACCCUUGCUGGUGCCUUUGCCUCUUACUACUGGGCCUCUCGAAAACCAGCUGACAUUCCACUGUGGCCACUCUUCUCUUCAUUUGGACGAGCAAUACGAUACCAUACAGGUUCGCUGGCAUUUGGAGCCUUAAUUCUUGCAAUUGUCCAGCUUAUUAGAGUAAUACUGGAGUACUUGGAUCACAAACUGAAAGGUACACAGAACUCCUUCACUAGAUUUCUACUCUGCUGCCUCAAAUGCUGUUUCUGGUGUUUGGAAAAAUUCUUAAAAUUUAUAAACAGAAAUGCCUACAUCAUGAUUGCCAUAUAUGGUAAAAACUUCUGCACCUCGGCAAAGGAAGCAUUCUUUUUGCUCAUGCGGAAUGUGGUGAGAGUUGCAGUACUGGACAAAGUUACAGACUUUCUUUUAUUCCUGGGGAAAAUUCUCGUUGCUGGUGGUGUAGGUGUUCUUGCGUUCUUUUUCUUCACACAGAGAAUACCAGUCUUUGCACAGGAAGCACCAAUGUUAAAUUACUACUGGGUACCAUUGUUGACGGUCAUUAUUGGCUCCUAUCUAGUUGCACAUGGGUUCUUCAGCGUCUAUGCAAUGUGUGUCGACACGCUUUUCCUCUGCUUCUGUGAAGACCUGGAAAGAAAUGAUGGAUCUACAGCAAAACCCUACUUCAUGUCAGCUAGCCUCCACCGAAUUCUGGGGAAGAAGGAGCUAAGCCCUAAGAAGGCAGUGGGAUAACAUGCACUAAACCUCAACGUCAAAACAGUGUCACUUUUAAGCAAAACGUGUAUAAAGUAGGCAAAAGUAAAAACUGUAAAUGAUG